AUGAGAUGUGUCUCACCACUCUCGACAACAGCCAGCACGUUCGCCACGACCACAGUGUCCACUCAAUCUACAUCGGCCAGUACUGUUGCUAGUACUUUCGCUUCGACCACUGGACAAGCCUCGGCAACUGGUGUUGUGACAACUACUGUCUCGACAACUGUGUCUACACAGUCAACCUCUGCAAGCACUAUCGCCUCGACUGUUGCUCAGGUAUCAGCAAGUGGACUGCCAACUGGUGCUGUGACCACUACUGUAUCGACUACAGAGUCCACCGCGUCUACUUCAGCAAGUACUGUUGCAUCAACUGUUGCUCAGGUAUCGGCUAGUGGACUACCAACUGGUGCUGUGACCACUACUGUGUCAACAACAGUAUCCACUCAAUCUACUACCGCAAGCACUGUUGCUAGUACUGUUGCAGGUGGUCAGUCCUCGACCACAUUCACAACUACAGCGACGACCACUGUUAGCACCACCGGACCAGGUUCGACGAUCACUCAAACAACAUCCGCAAGUACAACUGUGUCGACCGCAUCAACCAAGUACUGUCGCUUCGACCACUGCACAAGCGUCAGCUAG